AUGGAGCUGCCCUCUGAAGUUGAGCUGCCCUCUCAAGUUGAGAUGCCGUCUCAAGUUCAGCUGUCCUCUCACGUUGAGCUGUCCUCUCAAGUUGAGCUGUCCUCUCAAGUUGAGCUGUCCUCUAAAGUUAAGCUGUCCUCUCUAGUUGAGCUGUCCUCUCUAGUUGAGCUGUCCUCUCUAGUUGGGCUGUUCUCUCACGUUGAGCUGUCCUCACAAGUUGAGCUGUCCUCUCAAGUUGAGCUGACCUCUCAAGUUGAGCUGUCCUCUCUAGUUCAGCUGUCCUCUCAAGUUGAGCUGUCCUAUCAUGUUGAGCUGUCCUCUCUAGCUGAGCUGUCAUCUCUAGUUGAGCUGUCCUCUCAAGUUGAGGUGUCCUAUCAGGUUGAGAUUUCCUCUCAAGUUGAGCUGUACACUCAAGUUGAGCUGCCCUCUCAAGUUGAGCUGCCAUCUCGAAUUGAGCUGCCCUCUCAAGUUGAGUUGCCCUCUCAAGUUGAGCUGCCCUCUCAAGUUGAGCUGUCCUCUACAGUUGAGCUGUCCUCUACAGUUGAGCUGUCCUCUACAGUUGGACUGUCCUCUCAUGUUGAGCUGUCCUCUCAGGUUGAGGUGUCCUAUCAGGUUGAGAUUUCCUCUCAAGUUGAGCUGUACACUCAAGUUGAGCUGCCCUCUCAAGUUGAGCUGCCAUCUCAAGUUGAGCUGCCCUCUCAAGUUGAGCUGCCCUCUCAAGUUGAGCUGCCCUCUCAAGUUGAGCUGUCCCCUCAAGUUGAGAUUUCCUCUCAAGUUGAGCUGUACACUCAAGUUGAGCUGUACACUCAAGUUGAGCUGCCCUAUCAAGUUGAGCUGCCAUCUCAAGUUGAGCUGCCCUCUCAAGUUGAGCUGCCCUCUCAAGUUGAGCUGCCCUCUCAAGUUGAGCUGUCCCCUCAAGUUGAGCUGUCCUCUCAAGAUGAGCUGCCUUCUCUAGUUGAGCUGUCCUCUCAAGUUGAGCUGUCCUCUCAAGUUGAGCUGUCCUCUCAAGUUAAGCUGUCCUCUCAAGUUGAACUGUCCUCUCAAGUUGAGAUGUCCUCUCAAGUUGACUCUCCUUCAAGAUUAGCUGUCCUCUGA